CAUGGCCAAGGCAGAGGAGUUGAAGGGGAUGUCAUGUGAGUGAGGACUGAAGACCUGAGGGAGUGAACCUAGUGAGGGAGUUGUGAGUCACCGGCUGUCACUCUUUAUCACUCUUCUACUCACGUUCUAUACUGACAGAAGGGUUGUCUGUGCUGGCAGAGGUUCAACAUGUAUACUCUGGUGACUGUGGUGGUGGUCUGUCUCGCUGCCGGGGUUCUUGGUGCUCCGGACUCUGACGAGAUAAUCGACCUCCCGGGACUUAACCACAACAUCUCUUUCCGUCACUACAGCGGAUAUUUGUCAGGGGCCGAGGGGAAACAUCUUCAUUAUUGGUUCGUAGAGUCGUCACGCUCUCCUGCAGAUGACCCUGUUGUGUUGUGGAUGAAUGGUGGUCCUGGGUGUUCCUCGAUGGAAGGUCUGCUGGCUGAGCUAGGACCAUACCCUGUCAACCCUGAUGGCAAGACUUUGAAGGAGAACAUUUAUGCAUGGAACAAAAUGGCCAAUGUGUUGUUCCUGGAGGCUCCUGCUUGUGUUGGCUACUCUUAUGACACCAACGGUGAUUGUGCCACUGGUGAUGACGAGGUCUCAUUCUCAAACUACCUUGCACUCAAAGACUUCUUUACUAAUAAAUUUCCAGAGUAUCGCAAGAACGAGUUUUUCAUCACUGGAGAAUCCUAUGCCGGUGUGUACGUCCCUACACUGACAGUGAGGGUACUCGAGGGUCAACAAGACUUCAACAUAAACCUUCAGGGCUAUGCUAUUGGCAAUGGUCUCUCUAGUUACAAGCUGAACGACGACUCCAUCAUCUUCUUUGGAUACUUCCAUGGUCUCUUUGGUGACGACAGGAGUUGUUUAUUAUUUUUACAGGUUGCAGUAGCUUCAGACAUCAUUUACAACCAAGGGCUCAACAUGUAUAACUUGUAUGAUGACUGUCCAGCUUCACCAUCAGCUGGGAAUUUCUCCAGAGUUGAAGCUGAUUUGUCUAAUAUCUUUAAGGAACAUAAAUCUCAUCCUGAGAUGAUGUUGAAGGCAAGGAAGAGGAUCAAUAACUUGACCCUGGAUCCUCCCUGCACCAACGGCACAAACCUCUUGAUGUACCUCAACACCCCAGAGGUCCGCAAGGCUAUCCACAUCCCAGACAGCGUAGGGAAGUUUGAGCUAUGCAGCGACGAGGUGAAUCACGACUACAAGCGAGAGUACGAAUCCAUGAAACCCCAGUACGAGUUUUUGACGGCUCGUGUUCGCGGUCUGGUGUACAAUGGAGACAUUGACAUGGCUUGCAACUUCUUGGGUGACGAAUGGUUUGUGGAAAGUCUCGGGCUAAGGGUGGUGGAGGGACGGAAGGUGUGGACCGAGGGAGGUCAAGUUGGAGGGUAUGUGAAGCGCUUCGAGAACCUUGACUUACUGACGGUGAGAGGCGCUGGACACAUGGUCCCUGAAGACAAGCCAGCCCCUGCCCUCAAGAUGAUCACCUCGUUCAUCUUCAAGAAACCUUACUAGUAGCUUCAAGUAUACCAGUGAGGGGGUCAUGUGUGUUGGUACAAUACUAUGAAAUCAAUUGAAAGACUUUUUAAACAGUCCUCGUGAUGAAAAGGUUGUGUUAGCAUAAUAUUUUUGUUGACUAUGUAUUAAGUUUGUUGCAACACAUUAUGCUUAUUAAAGAAUUUAGUAUUUUUAAGUACUUUUUAUAACUAUAUGAGAUAUUAAAGAGGUCGGGUAUUCACAUGUGAUGUUCUUUAUAUAAUAGUUGCCCUUUCAGAGUGAGAAAUAGUAAUAUUCAGAAGUUACCUAUAUUUUUCUAUUGAAUUAUAUAUAUAUAUAUAUAUAUAUAUAUAUAUAUAUAUAUAUAUAUAUAUAUAUAUAUAUAUAUAUAUAUAUAUAUAUAUAUAUAUAUAUAUAUAUAUAUAUAUAUAUAUAUAUAUAUACUCAACUCUUAUGUUAAUCAUUUAUAGGGUUCUUCACUAAUUAUUAAAUUUUAUAUUAUCUAAAAUGAAGUACUGUAUAAUUUUUUUAUUGACUUACAAUUAAAAACAUCUUUGACUAUGCA